CGUAGCACAGACACACACACAGCGUUCAUCUACUUCAGUCUGCUGACGCUUACACCACAUUAGGUUGUUUACCCGCUGUUGUUUUGUAUUACAACAAACAGAAUAAUAAUGGACGGAAACAUUUGCAACAUCCAGGUGCUUCUUCGGGCUGCGGAGUUUCUGGAGCGAAGAGAGCGAGAGGCAGAACAUGGAUACGCUUCACUCCUGCCUCUCAGUCCAGAUCACCCCGACAAGAGGAGUAAACAGAAGAGCAAAAAGAUAUCUGCUGGUGGCAAUAGGUCAGUUCACAACGAGCUGGAAAAAAACAGACGAGCUCAGCUGAGGCACUGCCUGGAGCAGCUCAAGAAGCAAGUCCCGCUGUCAUCUGACUCGAUGAGGAACACCACGCUCAACCUGCUGAGACGAGCCCACCUUCACAUAAAGAAGCUGCAGGAGCAGGACGAGCGUGCGGAGCACCUGAAGGGCCGCCUGCGCUGGGAGCAGAGAGAGCUGCGGGUUCGUCUGGAGCAGCUGCAGAGAGGCUCGGAGAGGAUGAGGAACGACAGUCAGGGGUCGACCAUGUCGUCCGAGAGGUCGGACUCCGACAGAGAGGAUGUGGAGGUUGACGGUGAAGGCAUCGUGUUCGACUGUCUGGACUCUGACGGACUGAGCAUUACGCACACCGGUGCGGACCACUGUUACUCCAGCAUGGACAAAGCCUGGCUAUGACGGCAGAGAAAAACCUACGGUCGCUCACGUCGUGUCACCGGGUGGACAGGAAGAAGAGGAGAAAAACAUUCCAAAAACAAGCCAGCGCAGGACGAGGGACAGUGGAGCAAGAUGCUACUGUACAACUGAACACUUUAUUAUUCAUUUUUUAAAGGAGUAACUUUUGAUAUUCUCUUUUUAAAAUAUGUCAGACUACAAGCUAAACAAUAAUGUUCUGAAUGAGCUGUGUUCAUUUGCACUGAGUAGCAGUUAAAAUCACUGGGCUGGGAUGGAUGUAUGAAUUUCCUGUCCUCAACCAUUAGCGGCAUUUACUUCCUCAGCCACAAGGUGUCUGUGACGACUCAAACCGUUCUACUAACUCAUCUUGAAGGGCUUUUUAUUCAAACCUCUUAACUUAUUCUUUACUACAGUAUGUAUGUUUAUACUGAAUUCUGCCUUAAAUAAGAUCUGGUUCGGUAUCCCAUACGGCUUUUCCUUAGCACUAAGUUCAUAUUUCAGCAAUGCCAUGUGUAGCAUGCACUUAAACCUGCGCUAUUAUUGUCCUAUUUUGUAAGUUGUUUCAGUUAUGUUUUUUUUUUUUUUUCUUAUGUUGCACAAAAACCACCACACAUUGCACUUGUUUUGUCUCAAAAAGAUUGUGGGUAUAUCAAAAUGAAAACAGUGAACAUAAAAGAACUGCUCAUGUUUGCACCUUCAUGUCUGGAAAUAAAGUUAAAUGUGAAAAAUA